AAGAUGGGCAUGACUCGGGCAGCCCAGAUGGGGCGAGGGAAGGGUUGCCCGCUCACCCUGAUGGUGCUGCUGGUGGUUGGCCUCCUCCUGCCAGGAACCCUUGCUAAAAGCAUCUGGGCCUUCUCUGAUCCCUGUAAGGACCCCACCAGAAUCAUUUCUCCCAAUGACCCCUGUAUAACAGGGAGUAGUGGUUCCAGUGGUUCCAGCGGCUCCAGUGGUUCCAGUGGUUCCAGUGGUUCCAGUGGUUCCAGCGGUUCCAGCGGCUCCAGCGGUUCCAGCGGCUCCAGCGGUUCCAGCGGCUCCAGCGGUUCCAGUGGUUCCAGUGGCUUUGGCGGCUCCAGUGGUUCUAGUGGUUCCAGUGGCUUUGGCGGCUCCAGUGGCGGGUCCAGUGGCGGGUCCAGUGGCGGGUCCAGUGGCGGUUCCAGUGGCGGUUCCAGUGGCGGUUCCAGUGGCUUCAGUACUUUCCAAAGUUCCAGCAGUGGUUCUAAUAGUGCCACUGGUGGUUCCAGUGGCUCCAGUGGUUCUGCAGGAUCCUGGUCUUCCCACUCUAGUUCCUUUCAGUCUGAAUCUAAACCUGUUCUAACAUCUAGUUGGUCAUCCCAGUCUGGAUCUAGCUCCUUUAAACCUGGUUCUGUCAUUUCUCAGUCCUCUCAGAUAUCUUCUAGCAACAGUGGUGGCCCUGUUGUGUCUGUCUCUGGUCUGGCACCCUGUGGUCCAGACAAUCCUUAUUCACACUGUAGUGGCAGGCCUCUCCCAUCUUCCAGCUCCAGCUCCAGUUCCCACUCUAUAUCAGGGGGCCAUAAGCCUGUGGUAGUGGUAGUGGAACAGCAUGGUUCUGGUGGCAACCGGAUAGUUGGGGGGUCUCCAUGCAGCAAUGGGGGAGCUCCUGGCAAGCCCUGUCCCCCCAUCACCUCCUCCAACUCCUAUGGUAGUUAUGAAGUGGUUGGUGGGUCCUCUAACAGUUACUUGAUCCCAGGUAUGACCUACAGUAAAGGGAAGAUCUACCCUGUUGGCUAUUUCUCUAAGGAGAACCCUCCCAAGGGUUCUCCAAGUGUCCCCAACUUUGCUGCUGGGCCCCCCAUCUCUGAGGGGAAAUACUUCUCCAGCAACCCCUUCAUCUCCAGCCAUGGCUCCAGUGUCUCUUCCCAGUCAGGAGGCUUCCCGCCAUAUGUUAUUUACCAGCCCGUAGGCUCUGGCGGUGUCCAGACUGGGAACUCUGGGAGCUCUGUGCUUCAGCCUUGUGGGUCUGGUUCCCAAAUCUCUGUGGGGCCCUGCUCUUCCUCCUCCUCCUCCUCCAGCUCUGUGGUUCACAGCAGUUCCAGUGUGUCCAGUGGUUCCAUUUCUUCUCACCCUUGUGGCAGUGGUUACCAGGGCUCCAAAGGACCCUGCUCCUCCUCUGGUUCCAGCCAGCUCAGCAGCUCCAAAGUGGUUUUCCAGCCAUGUGGGAGUGGCUCUGUCUCUUCUGGCAAACCUUGUGGGUCCCUGUCCUCUUCUUUCUUUGGAUCCAAAGGGAGUGGAAGUGUUGAGGGAUCCCCUCAACUAGAUCUUUCGGCAGGGGCCAAGCCCUGUGGUUCUAGCAGCAUCCCCUGCCGUUCCAUUCGUGACCUUCUGACCCAAGUGAAGCCACUGGGGCCACAGUUGGCUGACCCUGAAGUUUUCUUGCCUCAAGGAGGGCCCCUUGAGAGUCCCUGAGUGUGUACACACACACACACACACACACACACACACACACACAUUCUUCCAUCACCAUGGGAUGAUGGAGAAAGCUCCAGGGGUACAGAGAUCCCAGCAUGGGGCUGCCUCCACUCCCUAGCUACAAUUCAAGAGAACUCCUCAUCCCAAUAUGGACAAAUCUCUGCAUUACCUUGAUGGUGCCCCUUGCUCCCCCAACCCCACCCCCUUCAUUUGCCAUUAACAAUGAAUUUUACCCUCUAAUACUCUUCCAAGCAAAAAAGUUCUGUUACACAGUUAGGCUUAAUUAGGUUAAUUAGACAAUUAGCCAUUGUCCGCUUACAUCCCCUGCCCCCCCAUCAACUAUUAUCUUGGCUAUCAGCCAAGCAUCUCUUCUCUCAAUGCCUCUCCUACAACCUCGUUUGGUCAAGCCCAGUUGGGUCAAGUCCAGUUUGUUGCUGCCAUGUUUCAUCCUACUCCUUUGGACCUUGAAGUGGUAAAAUUAUUUUACCACCUGGUAGCUGCUGGAGCCCAAAUGCAUCCAACUGCAUCCAUUCCUGCCCCACCUGACUACCCUUUCCUCAGACUUCAGAACUGUUCUGGAGGGAGCUGGGGUAUCCUUAUAGAAUGGAGCCUACAGCUGAUGGUAGAUCAAUAAA